GUGUAUGUAUGAGUAACUGUGUGUAUGUAUGAGUGUGCGUGUACGUGUGAGCGAUUUGGGGUUCAUGCGUUUGCGGAUACGAUCGAUCAAUCAAUCAACCGAUCGAUCGAUCGAUCCACCACCGCUUCACGUCUGAGAGAGAAUGGUUGCGUGCCCCAGAUGACCCCACCGAGAUUUGUGCGUUUCAGGGCGCGCGUUUGAAACUUUUUCCGUUUCGUUGAAAAAACCAAAAAAAACCACUUCGUGGAAACUCUCCCACAGGCGGUGUUUCGAUACAGAAGUCGGACGAGGCAUUAAAAACAAAAAGGAACACGCUUCGGGCUUCGCUGUCGACACGCCAACACAGCCGCUCCAACGCGCUUUGGCAAAAAUUGCUGAACCAUCACCGCAGAACUGGGUCCCGGCCAUAGGAAUGGUGACACUCGGAGCGGCUGGCCAGUUAUGGACGGCGCUUUUCGUAUCUGUGGGCGUCAUCACCGCGCGGGUGACGUCAUACACGCUGGAGACGACCGCGGCCGUGAGCUUCAGGGGCAAUGCCGCUGAAGAAUUUGGCUACGCAGUGGUACAGCACAGAGACAGUGCCUACACCACGUGGCUCGUGGUGAGCUCUCCACUGGCACGUGGUCGAAGCGGUCUGGUCCACAAGUGCCGACUUCACCCGGCCAUCAGCAGCAGCAGACACGGCUGCACUAACAUGGACGUCCAGAAUGACGAUGUGAGCCCGAAUGGGACAUUGGGUCUCACUCUCGCCAAGGAAGAAUCUCCCUCGGGCAAAGUCCUGGCCUGCGCUCCGCUGGGGCGUCUGAGCUGCGGCAAAAACGUCUUCUUAAAGUCCUCGUGCUACCUGUUCGACAACAACCUGAACCAGGAGCUGAUGAUCGCAGCCGGGUACCAAGACUGCCCCAUAUCUCCCAUCGACAUGGUGAUUCUCAUCGACGGCUCGGGCAGCGUGAGUGACACCGACUUUGAGAGAACCAAGGACUUCGUCAAGGCCAUCAUUCGUACGUUCAAGAAAAAGGAUAACACGCAGAUUGCUGUUGUCCAGUUCUCCCGCAACUACAGACUGGAGUUGAGCUUCUUGCAGUUUGCCUCAUCGCCCCACGUGGAAGCCAUCGUGUCGGCGAUCAAGCAGAUGAGGACCACAACUCAGACAGCCAACGCCAUCAACUUCAUCAUGAAUCAAGUCUUCACGCCAUCCGGCGGAGCAAAGGCAAGAGCGCAGAAGGUCCUCGUGGUCGUGACGGACGGAGAGUCAAACGGCGGAGGCCUCGCCGCGGCCAUUCGGAGGACGCAGGCCGAGAGGGUGGUGACCUAUGCCAUCGGGGUUGGCGAUGCCUUCAAGCCGGGCUCCCCUGCCUAUGCGGAGCUGACACAGCUUGCGUCUGACCCCGACAGUGAACACAUGUUCCCCGUGGACGACUACAACGCACUCAACUCCGUGCUUCGGAGACUCGAGGAGAAGAUUUUCAGCAUUGAAGGAGCGAGCGGUGACCUGUCCACGUUUGAGAUGGAGCUGGCAGCUACUGGCAUGAGCGCGGUCAUCAAUAAGGGCACCAUCACGUUGGGAGCCGUGGGGGCCCACGGCUGGAUGGGGGGCGUUGUCCGGCAUUUCAGCAGCGGGAAAUCCAUCACGAGCACCAACUCCACCCUGGACUGGCAGAACAUGGAAGGGCCGAGCGUGGAGAGAGACUCCUACCUGGGCUACUCGCUCAUCCAGGUCAAGCUGAGCUCGAUCAGCUUGCUCGCGACUGGAGCCCCUCACAGCCACCACACGGGCACCGUCUAUCUCUUCGACAUCCGCUCCUCCGACUCCAAGCUCAUGAUCUACCAGACCCUGCCAGGACAUCAGCUGGGCUCGUACUUUGGAGCCGUCCUCUGCGCAGUGGAGCAGGAGCAGGGAGGAUCAGGCACGGCCCUUCUGCUGGUAUCGGCGCCCUUCUACCACACGCACGGCGAGGAGGGACGCGUCUACGUGUACAGGCGCGCUUACGACGGCCGCUUCAACCUCUCCCAGGAGCUCGGCGGCGGCGGCGGCGGCCGGGGCGGCGGCGGCCUCCGGGCGCGCUUCGGCUCGGCCAUGGCCUCCAUGGGCGACGUGACGGGGGACGGGUGGCCGGACGUGGCCAUCGGGGCCCCGGGGGAGGGAGACGACGGGGCCGGAGCCGUUUACCUCUUCAGUGGCCGGAGGGACGGCUUCUCGGACGGAGACCCGCAGAGGAUCUCUGGAAGCUCUCAGAGUGGCCGAGUGAGAAUGUUUGGGAGGUCGCUCCACUCGCUGAUGGAUGGGUGAACGAGUGAGUGUGUGAGUGUGUAAGUGAGUGUGUAAGUGAGUGUGUAAGUGAGUGUGU